GGCAUCGUCUUGGCAAUAGCAAUCAAUGAGAUGACCUACUUCAGAUCUGUGCACAUAAACUCCACGUGGGCUGUGUGGACGAUACUGUUCUUUGCCAUAGACCUGAUCCUGGCUCAGAUAGUGACCCUGUCUAUCACCGAGUUCGUGAAGAAAAUGGUGGGCCGAUUGAGGCCCGAUUUCCUGGCCAGGUGCAUGCUCCCGGCCAAUGCGGCGCUGGACCAAUACAAUACGGAUGCCUGCACAAACCCCGACGAGGGUGUGGUGGAAGAAGGGCAGAAGAGCUACCCCUCGGGACACACCAGCUUUGCCUUCUGUCAGGGUGUCUACCUGGCGGCGUACUUCACAUGGUCCUUCUACGGUCGCCAGCGAUCAAAGCACAUGAUCAACAAGGAGCUGCAUAUGAAUCGGUUUCUACGCGAGUUUCAAGAAGCCAUACGCUGUACGAUCAUCGCUGUCGGACCACUAGGCGCGUGGCUGAUUGGUGCCACGAGAAUCCAGGACUACAAGCACAACCCAAGCGAUGUCAAUGCGGGAGCUGCGCUGGGGAUGCUGAUUGCCAUACUGACGCUAAUGCGGGGGACGAACAUUUACUCGAGGUGGACACAGCAGUACGUGUCUAACCGCCCAGAGAAGUACCAAGACGCCGUACUCAAGUCGAGUUAGUUAUAUUUAACAUAGCCUCAGUUGAGAGUGUGGGUGGACAGCACGCAAGUGCACCACGCACACCUAUUGACCCUGGGUAUGGAUCCCUAACGAGACCUUGCAGCAACUAUGAAGCAUCUUGAAAAAAAUGAGAUGCACUUUUUGGAAUUCGAGCCAAAAUAAAAUUUGGAAAAUAUGCAG